CACUGCCUCUCACCUGGGUGGACUGGAGAAACACCAUCUAUAUCUGAUGUCUGAGAGGCUGAGAACAUAAACCCUGCUUGCUGUCUCUUUACUAUAUGGAACCUGCUGCAGCAGCCCAUUGAGGGGUCUUUCCCUUGGGAUCCUGGACUCAUAAAUAGGACCUCAGACGAGGAAGAUGCUGAGUUCCAUCAAGUGCGUGUUGGUAGGGGACAGUGCUGUGGGGAAAACCUCACUCUUGGUGCGCUUCACCUCUGAGACCUUCCCAGAGGCCUACAAACCCACUGUGUAUGAGAACACUGGCGUGGACGUCUUCAUGGAUGGCAUCCAGAUCAGCCUGGGUCUCUGGGACACUGCCGGCAAUGAUGCCUUCAGAAGCAUCCGGCCCCUGUCCUACCAGCAGGCAGAUGUGGUGCUGAUGUGCUACUCUGUGGCCAACCACAGCUCGUUCCUGAACUUGAAGAACAAGUGGAUUAAUGAGGUCAGGAGCAACCUGCCCUGUACGCCGGUGCUGGUUGUGGCCACACAGACUGACCAGAGAGAGAUGGGACCCCACAGGGCCUCCUGCAUCAAUGCCAUAGAAGGCAAGAGACUCGCCCAGGAUGUGCGAGCCAAGGGCUACCUGGAAUGCUCAGCCCUUAGCAACCGGGGAGUGCAGCAGGUAUUUGAAUGUGCUGUCCGAACAGCUGUCAACCAGGCCAGGAGACGAAAUAGAAGGAAGUUCUUCUCCAUCAACGAAUGCAAGAUCUUUUAAACCCCAAGGUCCUGCACCCAACGUUCAUGAUCGUGCCUCGGAGACUAAUGGGA